AUGAGCCGCGAAGCCAUCUUGCUCGAAACGAUCGAGAUCGAAGAGAUCCCGCUGCAUGUUCAUCUCAACCAGACGAGCCAAGCUUUACAACCUGCGGCUAUCGAGGAGGACCAAGAUGACGCGCGGUCGCUGCUAUACCUAUUUGACGACAAUGACUUUGAACGAGCUGCUGCCUUCUUGGCCAUCGAGGAAGCGCGCCAACAGGCUGAGGCUCGAGCUCACGCGGCGGCUGAGGCUCUGAUCGAGGCCGAGACCCAGAGGCAGAGAACCCAGACGCUGGCAGGUCGGCUCAGACAGCUGAUGGACGAGGAUGACGAGCUUAUCGACAUGCUCGGUCGACGGCUUCUUGCUACCCGUGGCUACCAGGUCUCUGAUCUCUGGAAUCCGCAACACUACCAUCACCAUCAUCAUCAGCACCUGCGGGCCAGUCCUAGCCGCGGCGAGGACGUAGCACGUGCAGCUCGGUCUACCGAUGUCUACGCGGCCUGGAGUGACCUCGCUGACCAGACUGGGCUCACAUUGAAUCAUCGGCCCAGCCCUUUCAUCCACGCUGCUCCGGUCUUCCUACGCGGACACGCACCUUACCAGCCUCGUGCUCGGAAAAGCUCAAAACGCGUUCCGCUAGGAAGUGUGGGCCCUUCGUCAGCAACCACAGCCAAAAUCCCAGCUCGCACUCAGACCAGAGUCGCGGUCCAUCCGCUUACAGGUAUUCCCAUGCUGUUCUUUGAAGAGACCUCAGACACGAAAGAAACAGGGACGCCUCCAAGUAGCCAACCUACCACGGCCUCGCUAGACGAUCAAGCCGAAGGUGAUUUCGACGCCUGGCCCAUUGACGAUGAAUCCGAUCUCGACUGGCUCGGUCGCGAAUUGUUGCAUCGUCAAGGCGGCGCUGAUGUCUGGAUUCUCGGGACUGACGAUGGGAUCGGAUUCACCGAGCCUACGUCCACCGCUGCUGCCGCGCCUACAACUAGCUCAACCACUGAUAGAUGCACAAGCACGAAUGCGUCCGAGUCGAUCGGUCCGAUUCUUCCCGUUCACGUCGAAGAGGCCGACAGCGAUCACGAUACACCAAACGUCGCGAGCGAGCCGGCUCUGAGCAGUCCAUCGCAUCGUGUCGCUGCUGCGCUAGCGCAAGCAGCGCUGCGAAGCACGCAAAGCCAGCAGCCGGCGUCGCCUUCGUCGCAAAAGACGGGACAGACGAGAAAGCAGCGUUCAGCCACCAUCAUGUCGGAAUCCGAGGAGGAGGAGCUCGAGACCGUCGGACGGCCUGUGGUCGAGGAGGAGCAGGAGCAGAACAAAGCCGAAGCGAGCAGCCUUGAUGAUCGUCCGCGAAAGACGGUCAAGGUGAUGGAUGUACGCUAG